CUGGACGCUGGUUGCCCCCAAAAAUAGCGUCUGGUUUUGGCGGGAAGCAGGGAGAGAGGAAAGGAAAGUAGCGAAAAAUGGCGAACAAGCUCAUCAACCAGAUGGGAUUGCCCAAAUCCAUUGUUAAUAUCUUCACUGCUCGCAACAUUAUCACCGCCAAGGAUGCAUUAUCUCACACUGAAUUUGAGUUGAUGGAAUUGCUGGACGUUGGGAAGGAAGAAGUAACAUCCGCAAUGGCUCAUGUUAGUGAAGUCGUGUGUCCACCGUGCCAAACUGCAUUACUUCUGUUGGAGCAGCGAGUACUCAAUGAGAGUUUGGCCGGUCAUCUUUCCACUCGUUUGAAAGGUUUGGAUGAAGCCUUGUGCGGUGGUAUACCGUUUGGUGUUUUGACAGAGUUGGUUGGUCCAGCAGGAAUUGGCAAAACUCAGUUUUGCUUGAAGCUCUCACUGCUGGCUUCAUUGCCCACAAAUUGUGGAGGCUUAGAUGGCCGUGUGAUAUAUAUCGAUGUUGAAUCCAAAUUUAGGUCAAAAAGAUUGAUAGAGAUUGGAAUAAACAGUUUUCCUGAGAUAUUUCUCAAGAAGGGAAUGGCACAGGAGAUGGCCGGUAGAAUUCUGAUUUUGCAUCCUACAUCACUUUCUGAAUUCGCUGAGAGUUUGCACCAGAUCAGAGUAUCACUCCUCCAACAACAAGUGAAAUUGCUCAUCAUUGAUAGCAUGGCUGCUCUAGUUUUAGGUGAACAUGAUAGUGAGGCUUCUAGACAACAAGCAUUGGGUUGGCAUGUUUCUUUUAUCAAGUCACUUGCUGAAUUUUCACGAAUUCCAGUUGUAUUGACUAAUCAAGUAAGAUCUCAAAUUGGUGAUGAAUCUCGCAUGUAUUCCUUUCAAGCACAAAGCCACUCUAUAAUAAAAGAUAAUCCUGCCACAUAUGAUUCUCAUCUGGUUGCUGCUUUGGGAAUUAACUGGGCUCAUGCUGUGACCAUCCGCCUUGUACUUGAAGCCAGAUCAGGUCAAAGGUUUAUUAAGUUAGCAAAAUCUCCCAUAUCAGCUCCUCUGGCUUUCCCUUUCAAGAUAACUUCAUCAGGGUUGGUUCUGCUGGAUGAUGAGGGGAUAGAAAUGAAAGGGCCAGAAAUAAACACUAUUCAUUGCCAAGGUUUGUCAUUGAGCACUCUUGCCGUUAGCUCCGCUGAAUAUAUUUUGCGUACAAAAAAUGCUUAAAAAGUUAAAGCCAGAACUUCUUAAUUGAAUGGCAUCCACAACUCGUAGCCUCUUUUCUAUAAUCUUGAUCAUCAUGGAAAAAAAGUUCUUGUUCAGGUGGAAAUUUAUUGUAUUAAAUGUGCCAAAAAUGGGGUCUUGGUAUACUUACGUCAGUUGUAAGUCUUGGUAACUUUGUGUGUUAAAUUUUGUCAAUCUAACUGGAUUAUUUCAUAUAAUUCAAGAAUUAAUUGACAAUUCAUAGAUCAA